UGGGAGGCAACCAGGCAGGGUGUCCCUUCCCUGGAGUCCUUAAUUUGGCUUCCUGCCUGCCAUUGUGCCCCUCUGUUCCUCUGGACUUGUGAAGAUGGACCUUUGCUGGGCUGGUGACUCUCCUGUGAUGGGCCUGGGAGUAUCCCAACAGGGUAUUAUUUGCGCUUUCCCCUUCCAUUGUUCUCUGCAUGCCUGCGAAGGAGCACAGAGAGAGCUUUUAUCGUAUAACCUAACACAAAUAGUAUAAAAAUUGAAUGCUAAAGCCCCUGCCGCUUGUUGAGAGCUUCUGUGUAACUUCCCUUCUGUCCCCUUAGCUGCCUGUGGGAGAUGUGUAUGCCUUGCAGCAGCUGAGGAACCAUCUCUUUAUUGAGGAAGAAACGUGAAACAAAGCAGCAGAGAUUGGGGUGGAGGUAAGAAGAAUGCGGGAAGGAAAAUGAGAGGACAAAGAGGAGCUUGAUGUCUUAGAAAAAUCUGAUAAUCCAUUGUGCUCACAGCUUUCUCCUGUGACUUCUGGAACCAGGAUUGUUGCCAGGGAUCAUGUUCUCUACUGAUGCUAGAACUACCAUGCUGCAGUCAGCAAAUAGAGGAGCAGCACAGUCCCAGCUUUCACGUAACUAUCACAAGCAUUGCGCUCUCACGUCCUGCAAGAAACUUGAUGUUUCCUGACACCACGGUACUUACACCUGAGACAAACCAGCAGAUGACAAGUCCUGAGUGAAAUUUCCUGUGCAAAUUAUUCAGUGCAUACUGUGUUUUCAAGCCUAAGCAAUAGAACAGAUCACAAAGCCUUGCUGUCUAAUAAGCUCUGUUGUAUGGAAAUGUCUAUUGAGCGGGUGCAUGCUAAAGCCUCUUCCUAACAGCAUCAGACUGGCUGAUCACUCUUGCAGCUGCAAGGUAAAGCAUUACUUACUCUUCUUCACUGGAUCAGUUGGGCUCUCAGUGUGCUGCUGAUCUUGAACCCAUGCCUUGUGAUGCAUGCAGCACAGUGGUAAUGCGUGGUCUGGGUGCGUGUGGGUUUGUUGUGUUAUGAGUAGUGAUGUGUACAUGAAAGGAAAACAUUUGGUUUUGGUGAAGUGAUAAAGGAGUUUGCUUGUGACUAAAGUGCUUUCAGUCUGCUUGUGGAAGAGGGGCGUUAGGGAAGUGUAAUUCUCAGAGACACAGGCUGAGUACAAUGUGUACAAACAUGAUACACCUGCACACACAGCUGAUGCUGUACUUCACUAACUAGAGGGCUUGCUCAUGCAUUCUUCACCAGAGGGGAAAGCGGGCAAAAAUCUCAUAUAUCUUUAAAUCAGUUUAAUGUCAGCUGGGAUGAAAACCACUAAAAUAAUUAGCUUAAGUACAGGGUUACCACAGCAUAUCACAGCUGACUUCAGGUUGUGCUGAUGCCUUAAAUGUGUGUUUUCUCCUUUACUCUUCCUGAAUUUCUUCUCAUUUUAACCCUGAAUGUAUACCUGGAUUUGUGGUUACAGCAAUAUUGCUGUAAAACUCUUUGUCCUGAAAUUAUUUGUACCUAUGGUUAACUGCUGCCUUAAUUUGGUUCUAUUUUAUGACCUCUGUUCAGUCUUUAUGAAACCAGACCCAAGUUUGGUGUAUUUUAAAAGCUGAGUAAAAUGGUAUUUAGCAAUCAAAAAUUAUUCACUUGUUUUGUAAAUGGGGAGAGAUUAUCAGGUUCCAUAUAUAGGUAUUAUAUUUCAUAUUUUUGCUAUUCAUAUUUCUUGGUGAAGGAUUUCUCAGCCAAUUUAAACUAAGAUGUAGGUAUUAGAUUUGUGAGUGUUUCUAGGGGCAUGAGAAAUGUCCAGAGGGGAGGGUUCAGCUAUGUGACGUGUGAAAUACCAAAGAGACAGCCCAGAGGGUUUCUCUCCUGCCAAGUAGUAAACUUCAGAGAGAAAAAGGGGGAGAGAAUGUAAGCAAACCUGAGUGAAUGCUAAGCUCUGUGGCUGUAAUUAAUAAAACGGAGAGGAUGAAUGAACCAUACUAUAAAGAAGUCCAGGAUUUCUAUAUAUUUGACCUCAGGAAACCUACACUGAAGGAAGUGAAUAUUUGGCCAUGCAGUGGAAGGAGCAGCAGCAGCUCUGGAGUUCACUUUUCUUGCCCACAUGUCUUUCUUUGCCUCUCCUUGUUGUGCCUGAUAGGCAGUCUGUUGGGGCAUCCUCAGUGUCUGGAUUACAGGCCGCCUUUCCAGCCCCCUUUUCACUUGGAGUUCUGCUCUGCCUAUGAAAAUUUUGGCUGCUGUGAUCAGGAGAGAGACAACAGCAUUGCAGCAAAAUACUGGGACAUAAUGGAUUAUAUUGAUCCCCGGGGGUAUAAGCUGUGUGGAACAUAUAUCAAAGAUAUCCUGUGUCAGGAAUGUUCUCCAUAUGCUGCACAUCUCUAUGAUGCAGAAAACCCUCGGACACCUCUAAGAAACCUCCCAGGACUUUGUUUUGACUACUGUUCUGAGUUUCAUUUCAACUGCUACUCCACCAUCAGUCUGCUGACGAGUGAUAAGCACAUCCAAGAAUGCUGCAAGACAAACAAGACGCGCUUUUGCAACCUCCUUCACCUACACGAUGAGGACUACUGCUUCCCCAAUGUGCUGAAGAACACAGCCCUCAACUGCAACCUGGGCUCGGUGGUGGAGGACCACAAAGGCUGCCUUCAGCUCUGUCUGACUGAGGUUGCCAAUGGCCUGAGGAACCCGGUGCUCAUGGUGCAUGCGAAUGACCGUACCCACCGCAUGUUUGUAGCUGAGCAGGUGGGCGUGAUCUGGGUCUACCUACCUGAUGGCAGCCGACUGGAGGAGCCUUUUCUGGAUAUUAGAAGUAUAGUGCUGGCUACGCCGUGGAUAGGGGAUGAGAGGGGCUUUCUGGGGAUGGCUUUCCACCCCAAAUACAAGUACAAUAGGAAGUUUUAUAUCUAUUACUCAUACAUGGAUAAGAACAGAGUGGAAAAGAUCAGGAUCAGUGAAUUGAAGGUUUUGGCAUCUGAUGCCAACAAAGCUGAUCCACGCUCAGAAAGGAAUCUUCUGGAGCUUGAGGAACCAGCUGCAAAUCAUAACGGUGGGCAGCUGCUCUUCAGUGUGGAUGGCUAUAUGUAUCUAUUCACAGGGGAUGGAGGGAAAGCUGGAGACCCUUUUGGAAAAUUUGGGAAUGCUCAGAACAAGAGUACUUUGUUGGGGAAAGUCUUGAGGAUUGAUGUGGAUGGAAAAAGCCCUGAUGGAAAGCCUUAUCGCAUCCCUCCUGAUAAUCCAUUUGUGUCUGAUCCCAAGGCCCGCCCUGAGGUUUAUGCUUAUGGGGUCAGGAAUAUGUGGCGCUGUGCAGUUGACAGAGGGGACCCUGUCACGAAAAAGGGAAGAGGGAGGAUAUUCUGUGGGGAUGUUGGGCAGAACAGGUUUGAAGAAAUCGACAUCAUUGUUAAAGGAAGGAACUACGGCUGGAGAGCAAAGGAGGGAUUUGAAUGCUAUGACACAAAGCUUUGCCACAAUUCCUCUUUGGAUGACAUUCUUCCAAUAUUUGCAUACGGCCGCAAUGUGGGGAAGUCAGUCACUGGAGGUUAUGUAUACAGAGGAUGUGAAUCGCCCAACUUGAACGGCCUUUAUAUUUUUGGUGAUUUCAUGAACGGUCGACUUAUGGCUUUACAGGAAGAUAAGAAGACAAAUAAGUGGAAGAAGCAAGAUAUCUGCAUUGGCAGCACAAGAGCUUGUGCUUUCCCUGGAAUGAUCAGUUCUUACAGCAAAUUCAUCAUCUCAUUUGCUGAGGAUGAAGCAGGUGAGCUGUAUUUUAUGUCUACUUAUCCUAGUGCCUAUGCACCACAUGGAUCACUAUACAAGUUUAUUGAUCCUGCAAGGAGAGCUCCACCAGGGAAGUGUAAAUACAAGCCUGUUCCAGUGAAAACAAAGAGUAAACGGAUACCAUUUGUUCCACGUGCAAAGACUGUCCUUGAGCUGCUUAAUGAACCUUCAACAACCAAGCCUCUGAAAAAAUCUUCUACUUCCACUGCAGCCAUCCCAACAGUUUCUUCUAGGAAAGCUAAAAAGACCCCAUCCACCAAAAUAAAAGCAUCAACAGUGAAACCAGCUCCAUCUGGUAAAAAGAGACAGAAAAUCAAAGCUGAGGCUAAACCUCACAAGCCAAAGCAGGAAGAGAAGGUUGCACACAUUUCCAGAACUACACCAGCACCACCUUUGCCAAAAAAGAAGAGCUUCCACCUAACCAGAACCAAGAAGCUUCUUCCAAAGAAAGCAGCACUAGCUAAGGAAAAACUGGAGAAGAAGAGGAAUGAGAGUAGAUUAAGAAGCAGCUCUUGAAGCUCAGUGAUGUCCCAGAAAAAGCAAGUCACUUAUAAGAUGGUGAAACAGAUGUUGUGAAUAAUGGCCAAAUAAGAGAAUCAGCUCACUUGUUAUGCCAGUGCUCCCAGGUAUGCCUCCAUUACUGUCAGCAUUAGCAGUUUCUAUGUAUGUUCUAUUAAACCUUAACAGCACCAGCCUCGUUUUCUUUGCAAAUCCUGCUGUGAUGUCCUUUUCUGACACAAGUAGUUAUGAGAGUCUCUGAUGGACAUUCACUGGUAAGAUUUGGUUGUGUA